GGCCCAUCUACCUAACCAUCACAGGCCUGGCCAACACGGGCUGGCCCUCGCUUCUCAACUCUCAACAUCUCUCGUCUCCUCCUUUCUGCUCCCCCGUCCCACCUUGGUUCUGCCUCUCCUCGCUUCUUGGACCUAUUCAUAUUGCCAUUUCUGUCUUGCAUCGCCCUGCAGUCUACACAUCGCUAGCUAAAUCUGUCGCCGUCACCGAAUCCGUAUCCGCACCCGUCCUCGAAUCCGUCGUCCACCCACAUGCCGUCGUAAACAGGAUCCCGACUCGAAUCCCCCUCCCCCUCCUCUCCUCCGCCUCCGCCUCUCCCUCACCAUGGAUUUCGAACUCUUCGAGAGGAACGGCGUCUCGACGGGCAACACAGACGACCGGCCCGCCUGGUACAAAGCCGUCGGGAUUGGUCUCGCCGUAGGCUCCGGUCUGUUUAUCGGCGUCUCCUUCGUCCUCAAAAAGUUCGGACUCCUACGCGCCAACGAAAAGUACAAUGAGAUCGCCGGCGAGGGCUACGGCUACCUCAAGAAUGGCUACUGGUGGGGCGGCAUGACUCUUAUGAUUAUCGGCGAGAUCUGCAACUUUGUCGCCUACGCCUUUACGGAUGCUAUCCUCGUCACUCCCCUCGGCGCCCUGUCCGUUGUUAUCACCACCGUCCUGUCGGCAAUCUUCCUCAAGGAGCGUCUGAGCAUGGUCGGCAAGGUCGCCUGCUUCCUAUGUGUUGUCGGAUCCGUCGUCAUCGUCAUGAAUGCGCCGCAUACCUCGUCAGUCUCCGAUAUCCAAGAGAUGCAGAAAUACGUCAUUGCUCCGGGCUUCCUCUCCUAUGCCGGUGUGAUUAUUGUCGGCUCCGCCGCCACUGCUUGGUACGCCGGCCCUCGAUGGGGUAACAAGAACAUGCUCGUCUACAUUUCAAUCUGCAGUUGGGUUGGCGGCUUGAGCGUCGUCUCGACUCAGGGCAUUGGUGCUGCCAUCAUCGCCUGGAUUAACGGGAAGCCCCAGUACAAGGAGUGGUUCUUCUGGGUACUGUUCGUGUUUGUUAUUGCAACACUGCUGACCGAGAUCAUCUUCCUCAAUAAAGCUCUCAACAUCUUCAAUGCCGCCCUCGUGACUCCCACCUACUAUGUCUACUUUACCAGCACCACCAUCAUCACAUCUGCCAUCUUAUUCCAGGGCUUCAAGGGAACGGUUUCGUCCAUUGUCACAGUCGUCCUGGGUUUCUUAACUAUUUGUUCAGGGGUAGUGCUAUUACAGCUCUCAAAAUCAGCAAAGGACGUCCCUGAUGCCGCUGUCUUUAGCGGCGACCUUGACCAAAUCCAGACCAUUGCCGAACAAGAGCAGCCAGAGUCAGAACCGAAGGCCGAUGCUAUCCGCGGAACCGCUGCUAUUAUGCGCCAGAUCUCCCAGAGGCGAUUGAGGAUGCAGGCCGACGAGUUGAAGCGGAUGCACGAAGAGAAGAUGGCAAUGGAAGCCAUGGACCCGAUCAGCGAGGAUGGGCAACCCCAGUGGGAAUUCGACGGCCUAAGACGAAGAAGGACCAUGACAAUGAGAACCGGGAGCACGCGCUCCGGAAUGCCAGGAUCUCCGGCGCCUCCAUCUCCCCGUUACGUUCCACCACGCACUCCGCAGGCUCAUCCGCCUCUGGGAAUGUCGCACUUCCCAACAGACGACGAAGGCGACUACGAAGACAACGACCGAAGCACCAUCUUCUCGAGUAUCGCGGGUACGAUCCGAGGUCGGGCUAGAGGUCACACCAACACAUCUUCCCUUCUUCCAUAUGACGAAAUCCCCGAAAACAAGGCGCGCCAUAGCCCCAUGCACCCCGUGCCCCUGACGGAGAUUACGGCCCCUCAACAAAAGCCCGAUGACGAAUCCGACGCCUACUACGGCCCUACCCGACCCCAUUUCUUUGACCGCGAAGACACCGAGUACCGCGGCGUAUCUGCCGGCAGUGGCCAGAGCCUCGCUCCGACGCCUCCGCCGCAUGGGACCAGGCGCCAAUUCUCUUUCCACAAUGUCUUCCGACGACCAGCCUCUUCGCGCAUUGAAGAGCCAACCGAGGAGGAGCAAAUAGGAUUGGUCAAAGAGGACGAAAUCGACGGACCCAUCGUCGGCUACGGCCAUCGUGGCCCCCGUCGAGAUAGCCAUCCCCCGGGCAGAGAUCCCCCCGGUAGAGAGGGCCCCCCCGGAUCGGCAUUUCUCUGAAGUGAGACUUGGAGCGCAGUAUAUACGGGAAAAACAUGCAUCUGUAUGGCGUUGCAGGCGUUUUGGUGGAUUUUUUGCUUCAUUGGAAAGCGGCAAUGGGUUUGACGAUUGUAUACUGUCACGGCCCUACCUACGACAUAGACUCUCUGGUGAGGAGCACACGCCCAUGACUGAGCGGUGGUGUAUGUGUAUAACGAGGUGCCGCGGAACGGGAGAAUCUGGCGUGUAAGAUGGGGGUAGCAACGCGACAUGAAUCAAGAUU